AUGGCCGAAACUCCGUCAUCGUUCCAGACGCCGCCGCCGCCGCCACCACCACCGACGCCUCCGUCAGCGCCUAUUAAUCCUGAUCCUACACAAUACUGGUGCUACCAGUGCAACAAACGGGUUCCGGUCGAAACCCUACCCGAUCAUCCCGAUGUUAUAUGUUUCGAAUGCAAGAAUGGAUUUGUUGAGUUAAUCUCUGUCCAUCACCCUCAAGCGCUUGAAGUAAACGAUGAGGACCAACCUGCUUUCGGCAACGAGUUUCUUCAGGUCCUUAGGUUAAUUGCUCAGGCUGCGCGUGAUGCUGACGCGCCUCCUCUGCCUCCUUCUGACCGCGCGGAUGACGACGGCGAUCAUCUCCAAAUUGAACUGGACGGAUGGGAUGAAAACGAUGAUGACGACGACGACGAUGAUAACGAAGACGAAGGUGAUGAAAAUCAUAACCAUGGAGAUCGAGAUCGUGAUGGAUCUGAUGACAACGAAGAGGAACAAGAGAUCGUCGAAGGGGAAGAUGAAGAUUCCCGUAGAAGACAAAGGCGCGAUGUCAUCCGUCUUCGUCUCCGUGACUUUGCUACCCGAGCUUUAAGCCGUCGCAACCGGAUUCUCGAUUGGGCUGAGAUCCUAACGGGGCUCGAAGAUCACUCGAUCGAGUUUAGGUUUCAACUUCCGGGAGAUGGUGAUGGUUACGUAGGCAAUCCAGGCGAUUACGUUGAUGCUGCCGGAUACGAAGCAUUGUUGCAAAACCUAGCUGAAAGUGAUAGCGGCGGGAAGAGAGGAGCUCCACCGGCGGCGAAAUCUGCAGUGGAAGCGUUGCCAACCGUUGAAGUGAAGUCAACUUAUAUGGAAGUCUGUGCUAUAUGUAAAGAUAAAGUGUUUAACAACGAAAAGGAGAUUGUGAAGCAAUUGCCUUGUGGACACAUGUAUCAUGAAGAUUGUAUAGUGCCUUGGUUGGGUUCAAGGAACACUUGUCCUGUUUGUAGGUACGAGUUGCCUACAGAUGAUCCUGAGUAUGAAGAAGAUAGGAAGAAGAAAUCAACCUCCAUGGCUACAACAACAUCAACAACAUCCGGUGAUGGGGUUUAA